AUGGAUGAAGAAUACGAUGUGAUCGUGCUGGGCACCGGCCUCACCGAAUGCAUCUUGUCGGGCAUCAUGUCUGUGAAUGGGAAGAAGGUGCUGCAUAUGGACCGGAACCCCUACUAUGGGGGCGAGAGCUCCUCCAUCACACCCCUGGAGGAGCUGUAUAAGCGUUUUCAGUUGCUGGAGGGGCCACCGGAGUCGAUGGGCCGGGGCCGAGACUGGAAUGUUGAUCUGAUCCCCAAAUUCCUCAUGGCCAAUGGGCAGCUGGUAAAGAUGUUACUGUACACAGAAGUGACUCGCUACUUGGACUUCAAGGUGGUGGAAGGCAGCUUCGUCUAUAAGGGAGGCAAGAUAUACAAAGUGCCAUCCACUGAAACCGAAGCCUUGGCUUCCAAUCUGAUGGGGAUGUUUGAGAAAAGGCGCUUCCGCAAGUUCCUGGUGUUUGUGGCAAACUUUGAUGAGAACGACCCCAAGACCUUUGAGGGCGUCGACCCCCAGAGCACCAGCAUGCGCGAAGUCUACCGGAAGUUUGACUUGGGCCAGGACGUCAUUGACUUCACUGGCCACGCCCUGGCGCUCUACCGCACCGAUGACUACUUGGACCAGCCUUGUCUCGAGACCAUCAACCGCAUCAAGUUGUACAGCGAGUCCCUGGCCCGGUAUGGCAAGAGCCCAUAUUUAUACCCACUGUAUGGCCUUGGAGAGCUGCCUCAGGGCUUUGCAAGAUUGAGUGCCAUCUAUGGGGGGACAUAUAUGCUGAACAAACCUGUGGAUGACAUCAUCAUGGAGAAUGGCAAGGUGGUGGGUGUGAAGUCUGAGGGAGAGGUGGCCCGAUGCAAGCAGCUGAUCUGUGAUCCCAGCUACAUUCCAGACCGUGUGCGGAAGGCUGGCCAGGUUAUCCGAAUCAUCUGCAUCCUCAGCCACCCCAUCAAGAACACCAACGAUGCCAACUCCUGCCAAAUCAUCAUCCCCCAGAACCAGGUCAACAGGAAGUCAGACAUCUAUGUGUGCAUGAUCUCCUACGCACACAAUGUGGCUGCUCAGGGCAAGUACAUCGCCAUCGCCAGCACCACGGUGGAGACCUCGGAGCCCGAAAAGGAGGUUGAGCCGGCCCUGGAGCUACUGGAGCCCAUUGACCAGAAGUUUGUGGCCAUCAGUGACUUGUACGAGCCCAUUGAUGAUGGUUCUGAGAGCCAGGUGUUCUGUUCCUGCUCCUACGACGCCACCACACACUUUGAGACAACUUGCAACGACAUCAAAGACAUCUACAAGCGUAUGGCAGGCUCCGCCUUUGACUUUGAGAACAUGAAGCGCAAACAGAACGAUGUCUUUGGAGAAGCUGACCAGUGA